CUGUGCCGGGCUGCUCUGCUCCCCGCCGUCGCCGUCACCGCCACUGCGGCACCGCCUCUCUUCAGCCGAGCCUCCCGCCCCACAGCGGCUGCCCGCGUCCCGGCCUGCAGCCUCCUCGCACCACGCCCCUCCGAGGAGCGAGCGCUCCCGGGCCGGUGCGGUGAUCCCUGGCCGCCGGGAGGAGCGCGAGCCGCGGCUGGCCGCCUGAGCGCCGCUACCAUGGCCCUAACCCUGUUCGAUACAGAUGAAUAUAGACCUCCUGUUUGGAAAUCUUAUUUAUAUCAGUUGCAACAGGAAGCCCCUCAUCCUAGAAGAAUUACUUGUACUUGUGAGGUAGAAAAUAGACCAAAGUAUUAUGGAAGAGAAUUUCACGGCAUGAUUUCUAGAGAAGCAUCUGACCAGCUCUUGAGUGUGGCUGAGGGGAGCUACCUCAUUCGGGAGAGUCAGCGGCAGCCUGGGACCUACACUUUGGCUUUAAGAUUUGGAAGUCAAACCAGAAACUUCAGGCUCUACUACGAUGGAAAGCACUUUGUUGGGGAGAAACGCUUUGAGUCUAUCCACGAUCUGGUGACUGAUGGCUUGAUUACUCUCUAUAUUGAAACCAAGGCAGCAGAAUACAUUGCCAAGAUGACGAUAAACCCAAUUUAUGAGCACGUAGGAUACACAACCUUAAACAGAGAGCCAGCAUACAAAAAACAUAUGGCAAUCGUGAAAGAGACAAAUGAUGAGAGAGAUGCUACAGGCCAGGAUGGGGUAUCUGAGAAAAGGUUGACAUCACUUGUUAGAAGAGCAACUCUGAAAGAAAAUGAGCAAAUUCCAAAAUAUGAAAAGGUUCACAAUUUCAAGGUCCAUACAUUCCGAGGACCACACUGGUGUGAAUACUGUGCCAAUUUCAUGUGGGGCCUCAUUGCUCAGGGAGUGAAAUGUGCAGAUUGUGGUUUGAAUGUUCAUAAGCAGUGUUCCAAGAUGGUCCCAAAUGACUGCAAGCCAGACUUGAAGCAUGUGAAGAAGGUGUACAGCUGUGACCUAACAACACUUGUGAAAGCACACAUCACUAAGCGGCCAAUGGUGGUAGACAUGUGCAUCAGGGAGAUCGAGUCUAGAGGUCUUAAUUCUGAAGGACUAUACAGAGUAUCAGGAUUCAGUGACCUAAUUGAAGAUGUCAAGAUGGCAUUUGACAGAGAUGGUGAGAAAGCAGAUAUUUCUGUGAACAUGUAUGAAGACAUCAACAUUAUCACUGGUGCACUUAAACUGUACUUCAGGGAUUUGCCAAUUCCACUCAUCACAUAUGACGCCUACCCCAAGUUCAUAGAGUCUGCCAAAAUUAUGGAUCCUGAUGAACAGUUGGAAACCCUUCAUGAAGCAUUGAAACUGUUACCGCCUGCUCACUGCGAAACCCUCCGGUACCUCAUGGCACAUCUAAAGAGAGUGACCCUCCAUGAGAAGGAGAAUCUGAUGAGUGCUGAGAACCUUGGGAUAGUGUUUGGUCCCACCCUUAUGAGAUCCCCGGAACUAGACGCCAUGGCUGCCCUAAAUGAUAUACGGUAUCAGAGACUGGUGGUAGAGCUGCUUAUCAAAAAUGAAGACAUUCUAUUUUAAAUUUCACUUUCAGGGAAAGAAAUGUUUUACAGAUGAAGGAAUGUUUUAUAGUAAUUUAAUUGGCUCCACUAGCUGAAUUAUUUCCUGGUUAGAGGUUUGGGCAAAUAACCAGAUUAAAAUGAAGGAACUUUCUGUCUUUCUGUAGCACCACUCCACUCAGCUGUCCUUGUAAACAGUGAACACAUGCUUUCUGGUUCUAGUAAUCAUGGGUGUUUAUCAUGUUAAGAGAAACUCAAACUAUUGCAUGAUUACCCCUGUUUGAUAAGGAAAACCCCACACCAAGGAAGCAGACCUGUGCCUGCACUGCCUCUCCGUCCUGGGUCAUCUGUGGUUGUCGCCCAGCAUGUUUCCCCGAGAAAACUGUCAUAACUUUGCUUUGGGGGGUCCAUGCCCUUGAUUUCUGAUGCUUGUAUACACAUGCACACACAAAUGGGGAAACAGCACCCCUAGCCAUUGCAUUACCCUAGGCUGUCAUGCACACUUUUUGCAAAUGAUUCAUUUCUGGUUUCUCCUAGCUCUUCUCUAACGUAGUACUUUCUUUGCAGCAAAAUCAAAAAAUGUGUUCCAGAUUUGUUACUUUAAUAAGUUAGCCUACCAAUAAAAAUGUGC